AUGACGAUUCCCGAGCCACAAUCAACCACCGAGGAGGCUGUCGAUGACCUCUACCAGCUCUACUUGAACAACGUCUCGUACAUUGAGCACUACGAUGGAGCCGACCAGACGAUGAUCACCGUUGGGAAAGAGCACGCGAGAAAGAAGCUCUUCGAAGAAAUCAAGAAACGGCCGGACUGUGAGCGAUCGCUGCGCCUCGUUGAAGCCAAGUUUAACCGGGAUAAAACCCCGAGUGUCACCGAGUUGGUGAAGAGAGAGACAAAAGGAGAACAACAACGAGAAGCCCCUUCUGUCCAAUACACCCCAACAACAACUCCUCCCCCGCUUGGAUCAUAUGGAAAUGAGGAAGAGCCGGAGCUCAGAUUGCUGCAACUCUUCGACAUCACCGAAGACGGGAAAACGUAUUUCAACAAGGAAGUGCUCGACUCACUUUGCGCUCAAUGUGGCAAUCGAUCGAGGGGAAGAGCCGGUUUUGAUCCGGAGGAUUUUGUCGGGGGACGCGGUCGAAUCGAAUUUCAACGCGGCUUCAAGCGUCACACCAAAGGAAUUAUGGUUUGGCCAAAAGUCUUCGAUCGACAAGAUAAAGAUGGGAAUGAACUAGCCGUCAUCCUAAUGGACACCCAGGGCACAUUUGACACUUCCAGCAACAUUGCCGACUCGGCCAUCAUUUUCGCCAUCUCGCUAUUAAUGUCGUCGAUUAAGAUCUUCAAUACAAUGCGUCAAAUUGAUGCACAGGAUUUGGACGCGUUGAACAUGUUCAUUGCUUUCAGUCAGAGGGCGGAGGAGAGAGUGGGACAGCACUUUCUGAUCAUGGUUCGCGACUCGAUCGCCUCCGGCUUUGACCCUGAAUACCUGGAGCAAAUGAGGGUGAACACUCGCAGCGUCCCCGAACUUGCCCGCCUCCUCAAUGGAGUCUUUGAAGCGUUCGAGAAAGUGGAAUGCUGUAUGGUGCCCCGACCAUCCAAUGAAGUGAUCAACGCAUCCGGGGAGAUUUUGGCUAAAGAUUGUGGCGACGAUUUCUUGUCGAUGCUCUGCGAGUGCGCCAAUCAUGUGCUGGAAAAUUUGGUCCCAAAAAUAGUGAUGGGUACCCCACUGACUGGGAGAACUUUGGGAGCAUAUGUGGAGAAUCUCGUCGAUCACAUUCACUCAAACAGUCACAAGGCUAUUUGCUCGGCCUUCGCGGCCACUUCACAACUCUUCUUUGAGAAGGCUCGCGUCGCUGGGAAUGAGACUUUUGCGAGCCUCCAUGAAAUGCUUGUUCGCGAGCAUGGUCAUCGCCCGAUUCGACCCCGAGACUAUGAGGAGGCCUUGCAGAAUUUCAUCCAACAAGCCAUUGAGGCCUAUAAAUCGAGUCAGCUUUUCGGAUCGGCUGAAGAGAAGAGCAAGCAUUUUGACGACUUCCGAAAGCUGCUUGAGGAAAGAUGCCAGGAAAAGAUCUCGAGCAACAAGGAUCGCUAUAGGGACAUUCAAAUGGCCGAGGCAGUCAAUGGAGCUUACGAAGUGUACGAGAAAGGAAUGAGGCCUGAUUUUGUCGAGAGUUUGGAGAAGAACAAGAAAGCUGAGUUUGUGAGAGACCGCCACAAGAAAGCUUUCCCCGAAGCGAUGAAGCAUUUUGAAAAUGUUGUCCAAGACUUUCUCGAUGAGCCCGAUCUGAUCGAGUACAAACGCAACUUGCUUAACGAGAUGAUUCAGGCUCGAUAUGAGGACUUGCAACAAGACAACGCCAUUCAGCACCUUCACCAACAGGUUGACGAGAUGUUCCAAGGAUUGGUCGAAGAGCAUUGGAAAGCGUUGAAAGAACAAGUCGCCACAAUCCAAGACGAGUCUCAGAUCGAAGAGGCGAUCGAUGCCUGUCAGAAUCUACUCCGGGGAAAGUACGGGAUCAAAAGGGCUGAAUUCGUUGCCGAUGUGGCGACCGCUUUGCCCAAGAUCUCGCCCGAAAUGGUCGAGCGUCUGUUAGACAACUUCAGGGACAGUCAAUUGGCGCAAUUCAAGAAAUGCGAGGACAGCUUCGAGAUGGAGGUUCGCCACAAUUUGAAAGUCGGCCGGCUCAACAAACAAAUGGAGGAUCUCCAUUUUAAACAAGCUGAAGACAAGAAAAGAUUGGAAUCGCUUGAAGAGGAAACGAAUGCUCAAAUUGGAGAGAUGAACGAGCAAUUGGUGGAAGAGCGUCGACUCCGUGUCGAGGCCGAGAGUGGCGCUUCAAACUUACAGGGAUUAUUGGCGAUGAUGAAAGCGAUGAACGAGAAUUCACAAGUCCAAAUGGAGCAAAUGCGGCAUGAAAGGGCCGAGCGAAUCGCUCGCGAGGAAAGAGAUCGUCAAGAAAUGGAGAGACGUUACGAGACAGACAUGGAAAUGAUGAGAAUGGAACAACAAGAGCACGCUCGUCGCGACGAAGUUCGAGACCAGGAGAGACGCGAAGACAUGAGGAUGCAACAAGAGGUAAUGGAACGCCAGCGACAGGCACACGAGGCCGAAAUGGCCGCCAUCCGUAACCGACCUCCGCCAUCACGACGGAGGAAUUGCUCAAUUAUG